GGAAAAGGACGGGAGUGAUGACGUAACUUGAAUGCGUCAGCCAGGCGCUCGCGCUGUAUAAAUAGAGAAAUGGGGAAAGUUUUGCAAGCAGCGAUUCUGUGAAGGAAACGUGCUGAAUUUUUAAAAACUAUCUCCUUUAAACUCUUUCUCCAGCAGUAUGGACAGCAUCAGGACAGCGGUGUAUCUCGGCGUGUGUGUGUUAUUGCUCAGCACUGUGUGUCAGGCUCACACUUCUCUGGACAACCGACUGGCCGUGUCCGACGAGCAGCUGGUCACCAGAGACAUGGUUGAAGCACUGGAAAGCCUUCUGGACGGAGACGGAGACAAUCAGAAAGCAAUGGAUAAAAGAGCCAGCAUCAUUCCAAGAUGCGAUGUAGGAGAGCGGUGUGCCAUGAAGCACGGACCACGCAUCGGCCGUCUGUGUGACUGUAUGAGAGGGAGUGCGUGCAACACCUUCUUCCUGCGCUGCUACUGACCAAAGCUUGCAGAACUACUUUCCAUCAGGCAUAGUGUGGCUAGCUCUGAUAGGAUCUUACGUUGCUGAUGUCUUAAAACUGUUGUCUGGUUCGUAAACCUCUCAUGUAUGUUUGAUAAAGACACAUGUAUGUUUACAUUUAUUUAUUUCUCUUUCAUAAAAUAUCUUUAAGACUCAUUGAUUCUGUAUAAUUAAUAUCCAGUUCUGCAUUUAUUGUGACAUGCAUUUAUAUAGAUACUAUACAUUAUAAAGGUGUAUAUAUGUAUGUAAAUACAAUCCAAGGUAUUUAAAAGCACAUUUCCAUUAAGGGAAGCAAAUAUAAAGCAAGUGACUGUGACAAAUGUUUAAUUAUGUAUUUAUUUAUGUGAAAUGUGACCACAUAUCGUGCAUCCAUUCUUGAAAGAAUAUUAUCAAGUCAUAUAAUUAAAAGACAAACAUUAAAGGGAACAAAGGUGAGAGUUUUUUUUUAAUUUAAGGACACAAAUGCAACAGACUGUCAGCUGUACUGACCAAUGGGUUUUUAAAUGAUUGCAGUAAUAGG